AGCUUCUUAACAUCGAGAGAUAUAUUUUCGACCGCUAACCAUAGCGGUAGGAUUAAUUUGUUAAACUUCAGCAUUUAACGCCACCUUCGCCAUCCUUACCACUGAAGAUAAAGAAUAUAAACUAAACUACUUUUCAUAAUUUCUUUUAACUUAUUUAGAGUAACCGUACGGUAUUUUAUGUAGUAUAAAAGAAUGUUUUUUAAAUAAAUGUGGAUUCACAUAAUAGAGUACAGUUCAGUUGCAAACACAGCCCUGUUUCAGAUUGCAGACAAAAGGCGCACUGACAACGAAGACCAUCAAAUCGAUUGGCGCAAUUUACUUCAGAAACAUUUUCUGAUCACUAAGAGCCUUCUCCCUUCCAUUACAAUUUUCAGACCUGUGUAUAGAAUCAUAUAUAUACAUACAUAUGUAAAAAAUAUACGGCUAUCAGCCAUAAGCUACAUUGUCAUGUUUUAUAUAUCUGAUACUACCAAACUUCGGGACUACAUAAUUGAAUUCCAAGUUGCAUAAGAAAAAUAAACUUUGUUACGUUACGGAUGAGGUUAUGUAAUUCUCCCAGGUGGUGGUACAGGUUUUAUUGGAACACAGAUAAUAAGUUCAUUAUCUCGUAAAGGAGUUCCUUAUACAUGUAUUUCACGCAUGCCUGGACCAAAUCGAAUUUCAUGGCAUGAUUUGGAAUGUUAUGGUUUACCUGAAAAUACAACUGCUGUAAUCAACGUUGCUGGUCAGAAUAUACUUGAUCCAAAACAGCGAUGGUCAGAAGGAUUUAAACAAAAUGUUAUAAAUAGUCGAGUGGAGACAACAAAAUCUUUAGCUAAAGCUAUAAUACAUACUAAAGCUAAUGCUUUUGUAACAAUUUCUGGAGUUUCUUGCUACAAACCAAAUGAUACAGAAUACACUGAAGAAAGCAAAUGUGAAAAAUAUGACUUCCUAUCAGAACUGUGUCAUGAAUGGGAAGAAGCUGCACAACUUCCGAAAGAUAGCAAUAUCAGACAGGUCACAAUUAGGUCAGGAGUUGUAUUAGGAAAAAAUGGCGGUAUGAUUAAAGAAAUAUAUUUGCCAUUUUUUUUUGGAUUGGGUGGCCCUAUUAGUAGUGGAAAUCAAUAUAUGCCAUGGAUACACAUAACAGAUUUAGUAAAUUUAUUUUUGUUCUCAAUUGAGAAUGAAAAUGUACAUGGUAUACUAAAUGGCGUUGCCCCCCAGAUUGUAACAAAUAAAGAAUUUACUAAGGCUUUUGCAUCUGUAAUGCAAAGACCUGCAUUUAUUCCUGUACCACGCAUUGUUUUGAAUAGUUUGUUUAAUAAUGAACGGGCAAAAAUUAUGUUGGAGGGACAAAAAGUUAUUCCUAAACGUGUCAAAGAAUUAGGAUUUCAAUACCAAUAUCCUGAUAUUAAUUCUGCUUGCGCUGAAGUACUUGGCAAAAAUAAAUAAUCAUAAAUCGAGAUUAGAAAGCUAGUUGAAGUAAUAUGUAAAUAUCAAUAUUUUAAAAUUAAUACUGAUACUUGAUUGUAUCAACUUGUACAAUACAAUAUUAAUUUAUAUAUUUA